AGCCCCGCUAGGGUUCGCCGCCGCCUUCCCCUCCCCCAUAAAUCCCACCAACCCCCCCUCUCCUCGUCUCUCGCCUUCGCCACCUUCGAAUCGAAACUAAUCCCCCACACCUCCGCGUGCCUCCCCCCAAUCUCGAGCGCACGGAAGCCGCCGCCAAUGGCGCUCCCGAAUCAGCAGACGGUGGACUACCCCAGCUUCAAGCUCGUCAUCGUCGGCGACGGCGGCACGGGCAAAACCACCUUUGUGAAGAGGCAUUUGACUGGCGAGUUCGAGAAGAAGUAUGAGCCUACUAUCGGUGUGGAGGUCCACCCCUUGGAUUUCUUCACUAACUGCGGCAAGAUCCGCUUCUACUGCUGGGAUACAGCUGGUCAGGAGAAAUUUGGUGGACUCAGGGAUGGUUACUAUAUCCAUGGGCAGUGUGCUAUCAUAAUGUUCGAUGUUACUUCUCGGCUGACGUACAAGAAUGUCCCAACUUGGCACCGUGAUUUAUGCAGGGUCUGUGAAAACAUCCCAAUUGUGCUCUGUGGUAACAAGGUUGAUGUGAAGAACAGGCAGGUUAAAGCAAAGCAGGUUACCUUCCAUAGGAAGAAGAACUUGCAGUACUAUGAGGUGUCAGCUAAGAGCAACUACAACUUUGAGAAGCCAUUCCUGUACCUUGCCAGGAAACUUGCUGGCGAUGGUAACCUCCACUUUGUGGAAACACCUGCUCUUGCUCCUCCAGAUGUCACAAUUGAUCUAGCAGCCCAGCAACAGCACGAGGCUGAACUGGCAGCGGCUGCAGCCCAACCACUGCCAGAUGAUGACGAUGACCUGAUCGAGUAGAUUUGCAAUGUGCUACUUUACAUCGUCUUGCGAGGAGCCCUGUUUUUAAGCACAGUUAUAUCCUAAGAGAUCUUUUUUGCCUCGGAGAAAUUUUCGUGGUGUCCAAGGUUAAAUAUGGGAGUUUUGUCGGAUAUUUGACCAGUUCAGACAAGUUUUGGUUAUCGUUGAUUGAUGCUAUAAGGUUACUUCGGGUUAACAUAUUUGCGCUUAUAGCUGUCGUAUGAUCAAUGUGUAUGAUCCGCUCUCGAUAUUUGGAGGAAGGUCUGCGUGAUGCGUUAGUUUUGAGCAAAUAUUUAUCUUCCUUUGCCUUCGAAGCAAAUAUUUUAUCCUGUAAA